CCGCUCCCCCGGACCCCGUGACGGCCCCGUCCCGCCCCGGCAGGCGGGAGCGCGGGUGCGCUCGGUCCCGCUCGGCGCGGAGGAGCCAUGGGCUCGGCGGCGCAGCUCCCGCCGCCACCGCCGCCGCCGCCGCUCGGGGAAUGCGAGCGGGAAGCGGCGGCCGCCCGGCACCGGCGGCGCCCGGAGGAGCAGGUCCAGCAAGAGCAAAGGAGCCACACCACAGAGCCUGUGAUAGAUGACUAUAAAAAGAUGGGGACUCUCUUUGGCGAACUAAACAAAAGCCUUAUCAGAAUAGGCUUCACAAGGAUGUACUUUGGAGAACGGAUAGUAGAACCCGUAAUAAUUAUAUUCUUCUGGGUUAUGCUCUGGUUUCUUGGCCUACAAGCUCUUGGACUGGUGGCUGUUCUGUGCCUUGUCAUUAUUUAUGUACAACAGUAAAAUUUUAUAGAUGCUAUUUGCAUUAUGUAUUUCAACACUGUCACUAUGUCAGUGGAUUUAUGUGUUUAAGUAAAUGGGUGAUACAUCAAAAGCUGCAGUGCUUCAAAUGGCUGAACUUCCGAUGACGGGGACUAAAGUUAUGCAUUUUACACCAAAUCAGCAGUGCCCUACUACAUCUUUUAAGGGGAAAAAAAGGACAUGUGUGUAAUAUAAUGGUGUGAAAUGUACUGUUUUCUGCGUUCUUGGGGUCUUAGCUGAAGGAUUGGCUUUUCAUUUUCCCCUCCCCUCUCCCCAUGUUCUUGUUUUGUACAGUGAAAAUUUCAUGUCUGGUUUUAAGAGGACACUUGAUGUGUUCUGUUUCACUGCCAGGGGGCUCAUACACUGUUUGUUCCCUGAAUCUGCAUAAUUUGUUAGUGUUUUGCCGAAAAGCUAAAUCUGCACAAGGGAGGUUUGUUAACAAACCUGCAAUGACAAACAUUCACAAGAUGAAUACAAUUUCCAGACACAAAAGCAACUUUGAUUAGUGUAGUUUAUAGUAAGCUCUCCCCCAGGAAACAAGCUGUACCAGCAAAAUGCUCUUAUACUAAUGUUAGUGACUUCACACAAGACUUCAGCUGUUGUUUAGGAGAAGUUGCAGUCCUACAUUGGCCAAGUGGUCUAAUGUAGCUCUGCCUUGUUUUUUGGAAAUGUACUCAGCUCCUGCUGCUAUUUUUCUUUCUUUAUUUUUUGUGCUUGCUCUUUCCCCCAGCCCUCCUUCUUAAGAUAAAUAUUUGGAUAAUUCAUGGAGUUUGUAGGUAGUUCCAGCUGCAGUGUUGGAGAGCUGCCAUUCCAGACAGCAGUGCUAGAAUGUUGUCUGCUUCCUCUGGGUGGUAUGAGAAGUGGCUGAACAACCACUUAUCAGACCAGAUCUCUCAAUGGUUCCCGCAUUUGCUGCAGUGUGGGCCCACAUGAGCUAAAGCUUUGUGCACCUCAGCAAACUGGACCUGUUUCCUCAUGAAAGGCAAGAAUGGAGUUGAAACCAGAUUGUGAUUUUAUUUCAUAGUCUUAACUGGUUCCUUUCCAUACUAGGCAACAAAAAUGCCUGCCUGUAGGUAUAUGUCAUGGGCCACACAACCUAGAGAGUAGGUUAUAUGCAUUCAAGAGUGGGUGCAAAAUUCACUCAGCUCCCCAGUAGCCACGCCAGGGGUGUGCUGGGUAUUUCCAAGUUUUCUUCUUCUCACGAAGGGAAACAGAAAAAUGGGACAGAAUCUUUACUUCUACUUUACUACUACUACUGCUAAAUAGGCUACCAAUUUAAUAUUUGCUGUACAUUACUUGUAGUAAGGAACUUAAAUGCAAAAUUGGCUUCAUCUAUGGUAGAGUGAAAUUACCUAUUUGCUUAAAGAAAUGUAACAGAUGUGAAAUUUUCUGUAAAUUACUUAACUUUUUGCAGUGACUUUUUUCCUAAAUGUUUUUACAACAAUAAAUUAGUUGAAAAUGCUGUCUUAUUCAAAGACUUUUGAAGUUAAGGGAUGUUUCUCUAUAGUCCCAGUCCUGCAACUGGAUUCUAAAGGCCAGCUUUAUGCAUGGAUCAUGUUGUCUGCUAGGCUCAAUUUCCAGGACUCCUGGCCCCAGUCCUUAUGGACUUUCCUGUUAAGGAAAUAAUGGUUGUUUAGGGCAGUGAACAUGAAAGCCCAGCUGCUCUAAAGUCUUUCUGUACUGAAAUGCCAUCUGUAGACAUGUCUCUGUGCUUUUCUAAUGAACAAGUAGUUUCCUUCUGAGGGGGCAGGUCACCCAUCUGGAUCUUCGGAUGGCCCUGACUGUGGAUUCAAGAGACUCUGCUGAACCAGCAGGACUGCAGGGCACCAGGACUGAGGCCCAGCUGUGUAGUUAGAUGGCAACCUGUGUUGAUCAGCACCUGGUUAAAUAGUUACAAUGGUGGCAGGGAAACAUUGGACAGCAAAAGAUGUUUCUGGAUAUGGGGGGGGUGGUGUUGUUCACGGCUUGAAAUCCCGAAGCAAACAGCAAGUACAGGCUGAACUCAGAGGCAGGAGCUCUAUACUCAAAAGUGCCUAGGGGUAACCUUUGGGUUUGUUUCAAGUCCCCUAGAAGGAGAACAUCUGUUUACAUCUCUGCAUAUUUCUGUAGAUAGAAUGAUGGGAUUAUGUGUAUUCUUCUCCUAUGUAAGAGCUCUAUUACAAAAGCAUCCUGUUGUUAAAAGUUAAAAAAAAAAAUUUCUUCUCACAAUCCAGUUAUUGUACAAAGGAUCACAUCUAAUUCCUUUCAUCCCAUAGGAAGAAGUGUGUCUGUGAUAUCCUUGUUGCAGUCGUUCUCUUGUGUAAAGACACUGUGCUGUGAGAUGGCAUGUGGUAUUUCCUUGAAGUGGUGAUUUUGCUCUGUACAUAAGGAAGGGGAACAGUGGAUCACGGGUGUGACCAACAACUUCAGUGAGGACAUUGUUUAUAUGCAUGUGACCUUUCAGUAUGAGCAGAACUGUGACUGUUGCACUCAUGAAUUCAGUUCAGUUGUUUGUUCAAUGUUCACGUUUGUGUACAUGUACUAUGGGGAAAGGUAGCUUUGGGGCUGAGAUUGUGUCUAGUGAAUGUCUUAGGUGGUUUCUCUUAGGGGUAACUUUCCAUGUCUUGUCCUUUAUCGAAGUUUUUAAUUUUUAAAAACCUGAAAAAAUAAUGCUGUGGUGUUAGGUUGGCUGAAAAUGGAAAAAGAAAAAUAAUGUAUUGCAUGGAUGAUCUCCCUCUCCCGUUUGGUUUCACACGUUCCCUUGUAUAUAAGAAUUUGUGCUGAAGUGUCUGUCCUAAUUUUGUGCUAUUACUGUACUAUUUCCCUCUCAUUGGCAGGGAAGACAGCAGGAGCUAAGGAAAAAGGAGAAUUGGGAUAGAAUCAGACAUAAAGAGUGGAAAGUGGAAUGCAGUGAAAGGAUGCGUAUAUGUGUCCAAAGAAAUGUGAUCAUAAAUGUGUGCCAAAAGUGAGGGGGAAGUGGGUGAACAGUCCUUGCUUGUGUUCUUCAUUCCAUCCAGACAAAGUUGCAAGGAAGAGGAAGCACCAAGUGUUCCAAGGAUGUCCCUAGCUAAAACAGCAGAAGGGUAAUUUAAAAAAAGACAAUUUCACUGUUGUCUAUAUAGUAAAAAUUGAUAGUGUUAUUUAUGUCUGUUACAUAUUACUAUUAUUAUUGAUAGAACUGAAAGCACCUUUAUGCAUCUGUGUGUAGGAUUGUAUGAAAGAAUUAAGUCCCUUAAAUCUGUGUUAAACAACAAAUGAUAUAAUUCCUGUUGGUCAGUGUGAUAUUCCAAGCAUUUUACAUAACCUCCAUUUUUUAAGGGAUGGACUCUUCAGUACUGUUUCACACCUGCCAAAUGCAUAAAUGUUUGAAAUAGUGUGUACAGAGAACCUCUGCAGGAGAAUCUUGGAGGACCCUGUUGGCACUGAAACAUCAUCACAUCAAAAUUGUCCAUAUAAAAAGGAAAAAUCAUAUUUCUUGAAAACUCUGUAUUGAAUGAAUCCUACAGAAAGCUCUUUGUUACUCUUUCUAAUAAAAAGUAUUGCCAUCAAUGAGA